AUGGCCGGUAAAAGCGCAACUCCGGCGACUUACUCACCGUCUCCAACCACCGGUAAAACGAAAUCAACACUUUUAAAGGAAAAUUGGAUCCGACCCGACGCCCGUGGUUUCCACCAGUGUAGACCCGCAUUUUUCAGAACUGGUGCUGUGAAUGCUGCAUCAGGAUCUGCAUAUGCCGAAUUCGGAAACACCAAAGUCAUUGUUUCUGUAUUUGGGCCAAGAGAGAGCAAGAAAGCAAUGUUGUAUAGUGAUUCGGGGCGUUUGAAUUGCAAUGUCAGCUAUACGACAUUUUCAACUCCGGUUCGCGGUCAGGGUUCAGAUCACAAAGAAUACAGUUCUAUGCUUCAUAAAGCUUUGGAGGGUGCCAUAAUAUUGGAGAGUUUCCCCAAGACCACUGUGGAUGUGUUUGCAUUGGUGCUGGAAUCUAGUGGCAGUGAUCUUCCAGUUGUCAUAUCAGUUGCUAGUCUUGCCUUGGCAGAUGCUGGAAUACUGAUGUAUGACCUUGUGGCCGCAGUUUCUGUGUCAUGUAUUGGUAAGAGCCUUGUCAUUGAUCCUAUUUCGGAGGAGGAAAACUGCCAAGACGGAAGCUUAAUGAUUACUUGCAUGCCUUCUCGCUAUGAAAUCACCCAACUGACAGUUACUGGGGAAUGGUCCACCCCAAAGAUUAACGAGGGGAUGCAGCUGUGUUUGGAUGCUUGUGCAAAGCUUGCAAAGAUUAUGAGGUCAUGUUUGAAAGAAUCCGCGUCUGAUGCACAGGAUGAAAGCUCUUAA